UUCGGCUUGAUCAUCUUGUUUGAAUUUCUCAAAAAAUUUCAAGUGUAAAAUGUUUGCAUUUUUGGUAAUAAUUAUGUCAAACUUUUACUUUUAAUUAUCAGUAUAAAUAAUAUUAUUUCAACCAUUUGAUGUUAAGUGCUUUUACUUUUCUAGCUUCUACUCUAUCGCUUCAAUCCAUCAUUCAUCACCCCUGUCUGACCUGGAAUUUAGUUUAAUGAUUGGUGGACCUAUCAUACCUCCAAUGGAUAUUGGUGCAAAUCUUGUCUCUACCUCCAAGACCAGUAACAUUAAAUCACUACUUUUGGAGGCUUGGAGGCAACGAUGGAGCCCAAUUGACUGGGCUGUUAACAUUAAAAGAGUUCUACCUCGUGGUGUUAGCGGCGAUGUCUAUGAUCUUUCAAACUGUAUUAUAAUUCAAGCUCUUAUUGGACCGGCUCCCAACCCGCUUUUCAUAUCCUACCUUAAUCAUUGUAUUAGUGCUCAUGUAGUUUCAUAUGGUGCUGUCCUCUCGUCGAUAUCUAAAUAUCAAGAAUUCAGUAAAUCAAAGUGUAUCAUCUGUUUACUUGAUCUUUGCAAUGAUCUUAAAAAAAGGGUCAAUUGUUACGGUAAUGAAGAAGAAUGUAUAUCAUUAUGUAAAGCAAUCAUAGCUCUUGCUCAUUGGCUCUUCUCCUGCUUAUAUCAUGCACUCAACAAAAUAACUGAACUGAAAUCCGUUACAUCAAAUCAAAAUACAAAUCAAUUUGGUAACUUGGGCCACCAUCAUGGAUCAUCAUAUGCUGCAUUAAGUGGUUCUUUAGGUGCAUCUGGUAAUUCCUCAGUUUCCGGGACUAAUUCACAGUUAAACGAAUUUAUUUCUAUUACCGAAAAAUCUUGUGACAUAUUAUCAUUUAUUUCGAGUUCAUCAUUCAUCAAAUCUCUCUUUCAUGUGGGUAAAAUGGAAGAUCAGUCUGGUUAUUCACAGCUUGUUUCUAAAGUUGAUGCAGUCGAAUCUUUGCUAUCUUCUGGUCCGUCUUCAUGUUUCCCUCCAACUUUAACCAAUGCCAAGGAAUUAUCCGAUGUAAUUGUCAACUUUUUGAGUACCACCGAGUGGAAUAAUAGAGAUCCAACAGUAUUAGCAACAGAAAUUCUUACAAAUCGUGAACUUGCCAAAGGUCCUAUUAUUCAUUGUUCUUCUCCAUUGGACCUUUUUGCUCAGAGCUGUAAUACUAUAAUUGCUAUCAAUGCUAUUCUUUACCCAACGAAUGAAAUCGAAGCACUUGCCCGGCAAAUCUCUUUGGCGGCUAAAUUCAACGAUAUCCCUUAUCCCGAAGUUUGCUGUGAAAUAGUUCGCUCGUGUUUUAUCGAGUUAGUUGAUUCUUCAUCAACAGAGAGAUCAAUCAAUCUUAGGGAAGAUGAGAAGGUUGGAGAAGACUUGAAAUGGGCAGCUUUUACUUUUCUCAAAGUUCCUCAUAUUUUUGCAAAGCUUGAUUUCCCAAAAAUGGACAAAAAAACUAUCAGUUCCGAUCUCGAAGCCGGUUUUGACAAACUUUUAAUGUACACACCGCUUCUUGAUUUAACUGAUUCAAGAUCUAAUUGUGACUGUCUUGAUCUCUUCUUAAAAGAACUUUGCCAAAGUGAAUUCACAAUUGAACAGAAAAACGCUAUAAUGGCUCGAAGACACAAAGACUCACCCAAGAUCAAAGAUAAAAUUAUUGAACCAGCUCCAGGCUCAGGUGGACAAGGAGCAAGUCUCAUUUUGAGAGCUGAACCAACUGUAACAAGUAUUUUAAAAACUUUAGAUUCUGAUUAUUCUAAAAAUCAAGAUGGACUACUUGGUGUUCUUAACCAUAUGGUGCCGGGUAAAAGUUUUGAACUUAUUUUGAACGCUGCUGCUGCUACUGGCAAGCUGAAAAGUUUUUCUAUUAAACUUGUUAAGUUCAACGAGUUCAACAAACAAAUUAACGGAGAGGGGGGCAAACAAUCACAAACUCGUGCUCUUUUAUUCGAUAUAACUUUCUUAAUGCUUUGCCAUAUUGCUCAAAACUAUGGAACUGAUUUCAUAACUCAAAACGCUGAAACAAAAGAUUCUUUUUUUGCUACUUGGUGUGCCCAAUCAUUACCAGAAGGGGGUAAAUAUCGUUCUUCAGAUGCUCUACUGUUAAAUUGUGAUCCACUUAAAGUGGAUAAUCUACUAUCACAAUUUACUUCUCCUGAUUUUGAAUUGAAAACUAGUCUUGUUAAAUGGCACGAGGUGUGCCUUAAUGCACCUGCUGCAAUAAAAGAAGUCCUUUUGGCUUGGGAACAUGGAGUUAUCACUGCAGAAAAUGUAAAAACUAUUUUCGACAAUGUAAAAAGUAAGAUGUGUUGCCUUCCAGUAGUUAUCUCAGCUUGGUUGUCUGCCUACAUAACAACGCUGCCUCAUGAAGAAAGAAUAAAACCCAUGAAUAUGAUUCAACAAUUCAUGACUCCAGCAUCAUUUAGUGAAACAACUCCUUUAUCUGGUAAUGGAAACAAUGGUAAUAAUGGAAACAAUACACCAGGAUCAGAAGGGAAUUCUAAUAACGAACCAACAAAUACAUAUUAUAAAGAAAGAUCUAUGCUCAUGUCUAAUAUAAUUAAGAAAAUGUUUUGGGAUCUACAUCCGACUUCUCAAACCAAAUCUAAUGGUGUUUUAUCAACAGUUUCUCAUGGAUUAACAACGGAAACGGUUUUAUGGAAGCUAUUAGAGGAUAUUUUUAUGAAUGCACACAACCGGUCUUGGCUUGAUCAGCGCGAUGUUUACAAUAUCGAUACAAUUUUUUGUGUUGGUGGGCCUAAUUGGUUUGUGGAAGCUCUUCUUCGUUUAUUAGUCAAAUUUGAUCAUGCUUCUGAAUUGAAUAAAGCCGUGGGAUUGAUUUAUGGUUUAUUUCACAUGGAUAUUGAACAAUGUGCACUAUCCUUGUUAGUUAAUGGUUUAGUUGGUUACAUUUUAAAUGAAAAUAAGCAAAAUGCUCUUACUGAACCGAAAGCAUCUGCCUUGGCUAAAUUAACUGUUAUGACAGUUCUUGCUGCCCUUGCUGAAGCUGAAGAAAGGCGUUCAACAGAUUCGAAGACGAGCCUUAAAAGGCAUGGAUAUCAACGAGAUGUUUCUAUGGACUUUGUUCCAAUGGAGGUCGACGCCAACAAAGUUAACAGUGUAAAUAAUACCAAUGAAAGGCCAAACAAGAUGAGGCGCACUGAAACAACUAAAUCUUUAAAUAUUAUUAUUGAAGAUACUCCUUUCUUUUAUACAAUGAAUCAACAGCCAAUUGAUCCUCGUAUUUUGAAUGAACCUUUAACCAAAGCGAUCGCUGAUCUACUUCGUUUGCUUAGUACUAUAAUUGCUGACUCGGUUGUUUCUCAACGAACAUUAUUUCCAUUGAUUUUCUUAGAGCAAUUAAUUAUUUGUGGGAAACAGGAUGCUCAUAAAAUUAUUCAAUUUUUGCCUUUCCAGGCUAUUAAUCGACUCAUCAAAAUGAUGCCUGGUUCUUUAUCAUAUGAAUUUUUACUUUCCAUUAGCAAUUUACAAACAUCUAAAGCUCGUAAAAUUGUAGCGCGAGCUUUGUGUCAAUUGAAAACAGCAAAAGUGGAUAUACCACGCUUCUCAUCAUAGACAUUGUCAAAAAACUUACCUUUUUACAUACCUAUUUAAUUAUCUAAGAAAAAAUAUUUAUAAAACGCAAAUAAAUUUCUAUCUCUUCACCUAUA